AUGGCAUUUUAUAAGAAGAAUUUUCCGGAGUCAGUGAGAGAAGCUAAAGAGUUAGAGCUUAUGCAGCUGAAGCAAGGCUCGUUAUUCGUGGCCGAUUACACUAGUCGAUUCGAGGAGUUCUGUAGUUUCUCUAGGGUAUGUCAAGGUGCUCCGGAGUCCUAUGAGAGUUGGAAGUGUAUCAAGUAUCAAGGAGGCUUGAGGGACAACAUUAUGAUGGCUGUAGCUCCUUUGGCGAUUCGGAUGUUUUUGGAAUUGGUGAAUAAAGCCCGAGUGGUUGAAGAGUGCGCUAAAAAGGUGUCAUUCGUAAGAGAUACUAGAGAUGGAAACAACAACCGUGGGCGUGGCAAAUUUCCUGGUCACUUGGCAAGGGAUUGGACUCAUGGGAAGAACCCAAAUGCGGGUUGGAAUCAAUACCAAGGACGAGUGUUUGCUGUGAACGCCAAUAAUACUGCCAACGGAGACCCUUUGAUGAGAGGUAAAUGUUUAUUUGGUGAUAAAAUAUUGGUUGCAUUGUAUGAUACUGGGGCUUCGUAUUCUUUCAUUGCAUUUGAUAAGGUUGAAGAACUAGGGUUGAAAAUGUCAGAAUUAGCUUUUGAUUUGCAUGUACAUACCCCAUAUCAGACAGUUGUGACUAAAUCAGGUUGUAGGAAAGUAUCUUACAAGAUUGAGGACAGAGAAUUUGUUCAUGAUUUAAUCUGUUUGCCAAUGGUUGGGUUGGAGAUGAUUUUGGGUGGAAAAGAGUAUCCGAGUUAUAUGCUUUUGGCUGCGAAUGCGUUAGGUGAUGAACAUGAGUUAGAUCAAAUUCUGGUAGUUAGAGACUUUUCUGAAAUAUUUCCUGAAGAUAUUCCCAAAUUUCUACCUCAAAGGAAAAUUGAAUUUGCUAUUGACUUGGUGCGGAGAGCCGAACCAGUGUCGAUUGCGCCGUACCGAAUGGCUCCGAUAGAGCUGGCGGAACUAAAGACUUAG